AUGGCUCCAAGGAAUAACUCUGCGAAGACUUCUUCACCGGGAGGAAAGGAAACUUUCCGACACUUUACUCAUCCUCAUGUUCUUGUCAAGGAAGCUUUAGAUCAAGAAGUUUAUACAAGCAACAGAUUUGGAUGUGAUGGCUGCGGCAUGGAUGGUACCGGUGUUAGAUACCAUUGCAAGCCAUGCGGUUUCGAUCUCCAUGUGGAUUGCGGUACAUGUCCUGAGCAGCUCACCAAUUUCAUCCACCCUGACCAUCCAUCGGAAAGGGAUGGGAGGGACCAGAGAGUUAUGGAUGGGGUCCUUGCGAUAAAUGUUGUCUCUACCUCUUCGUGGAGUUACAAAUCUGAUUCAUAUGGCCUCGUUAUCCAUCCCCAGUGUGUUACUCUUCCCAACGACAAUGUUCAGUCUUCUGGAAAUACUCAUUGUUCAGCCCUAUCCCAAGUGGAACAAGCUCAAGCGGAUGCAGAUGAGUUGGCGGCUGCUAUGAUAUCUGCUAAAGCAAGAAAAAAUAUGCUAAGUUAUAUCUAG